AUUAGUAAGUCUCUCAGGCUCCGACACUGUGUGAGCCGGGCUGGAACGCGAGCGUGGUGCAGGCGCGUUAUUGUGUUACCUGUGAGGAAGCGGUGGCUUUUUUUUCCCCUUCCUUCCCUCCCUCCCUCCCCCCCUUUCCCUGCAGCUGAUCUGAAAGGGAAUAAAAGGCUGCGAAUAAUCAUAAUAAUAAAAGAGAGCAGCCAGAGAGGAGGAAGAGGAGAAGUAGGAGGGGGGAGAGCGCAAGAAAAAAAAAAGACGAAGAAGAAAUCAGAAUAAUAAAAGGAGACUGGGCUCUUUUGCAUUCAGGACCCGGACGCUAUUGAAAGGCUUUUGAAAAGUGGUGUUGUUUUCCAGUCGUGCAUGCUCCAAUCCGUGGAGUAUUUUAGCCGGGACGCGGGGGCCCCAGCAGCAGCGUUCAGUGUCUCCGCGACCGGCAGCAGAGGUUAAGGGAAGGCGAUGCUUUUACCACGGGCAGCCGUCCGGACUGAGUGCUCUUUAAGUCUGAUCAUCGCUCUGCUAUGUUUGCGAGUAAAGGUGUCCUCCGCUUCUGGACAGUUCGAAUUGGAGAUCUUAUCUAUGCAAAACCUGAAUGGGGAAUUGCAGAAUGGGAAUUGCUGUGAUGGCUCCCGAAAUCCAGAGGAUAGAAAAUGCACCAGAGACGAGUGUGAUACUUACUUUAAAGUUUGCCUGAAGGAGUAUCAGUCCCGGGUCACUGCUGGGGGGCCCUGCAGCUUCGGAUCGGGAUCUACGCCUGUCAUCGGAGGGAAUACCUUUAAUUUGAAGUUAAAUCGGAAUAGCGAAAGAUACCGGAUUGUUCUCCCUUUCAGUUUCGCCUGGCCGUGUACCAGAGAAGGGAAAAUGCAGUUAUCGCAUGUGAACGCCAUCCAAAUUGGCACCCUCCCCUUUUCCGUGAGCGGGUGGGGUGUGUCCUCACUGGAAGAGAGAGGAGGCUGCCAGGUUUUACCGCAGCCAGUGGUGGGGAAGACCCCUGGGAAUCGGAAAGGCUUUUUGUUUGCUUUGGGAGGGGGUGGGGAGAGUGUGCAUUUUUCCCACCCUCGUCCCGUGCUCCUUCCUCUCCUCUCUCCGCGGUGUGGCUUCGUUUUCAGCGGUUCCCUGGCUCCUUGGAACAGCUGUGUUUUGCAAACUUCCCUGCUAAGUGCAGACCGCAGAGAGGAGGAGGUGGAGUCUGGAACCAUGUGCUUUGGGAGGCUCAGCGAGGAACCGCCAAGAGAGCCUCCGCCUUCUUCCAUACCCUGGAGACUCGGCUCCCGGGAAAGGAGGAUGGGGGGAGUUACUGCUGGCCAGGGGCAGGGACGGACCUGCAGGGCACCAAUGGAAGGGCAGCAAAGCCGUGGGUCUGCCCUACGAGAGGGUGGGUGGAUUCGGUUCCCGGGAAGAAUGCAUUCAGCCAUGUGCUCUCGAAUCGUGCCCUCUGCUGCCGCCUACCUGUGGUCCCCGAGAGUCGCAGGCUGUGAUUUCUCCUCCGCUCUCAGAGCCCUGGAGAGGGAGGUGUACUUCCGCCUCUGCGGAGUGCUGGGGCAGGAAUCAAGUCCGCAUUUUCUGGAGGUUCCUCCCACGUCCAGCAUCCGGGAGUGUGCAGGGGCUGGACCAGAGAGGAGUGACUUAGUGUCUAACCGAGCCUUGGCCCCAUUAGGGUUAGAAAAGAGGUCCGGCUUCACUCCACAAGAGUCAGGGACGAAGCGGCGGGUCCCAGGCAGCCCAGGCAGCCGUGUCAGAUUCUUUUCAGUCACGGGACUCCGCCCUGCCCAGGGAAAGAGCCCAGAUCUGUACACGGUGCUCCGAAGGGCCCCAGAGAUGAGUUCAGGCCGUGCUUUAGAAAUGUUUAGCUGCUCUGUUUAUGGGCCCUUUAAUGAGAGUGUGAGUCUAUGUGAAGGCCUCAUUGGAGAGCCCCAUCCUGUGUGUGAGCUCCAGCUAAUGAAACCCAGAGGGCAAGGCAGGGCCAGGUGGGGCAGCAGAGAGAGCCAGCUCCAAGUGGAAGCCUCCAUGCUCCAGCGGCUGUCUGAUCAUGGUCACCUGGCCCACUGCCUCCCCAGGUGUGCGAGCGGCCAAGUGCUGGGCCCCAAAAUAGCAGACCCUGACAGCAUUAUCGAGAAAGCCUCCCACUCGGGCAUGAUUAACCCCAGCCGACAGUGGCAGACUCUUAAGCAGAACACCGGCAUGGCCCACUUUGAGUAUCAGAUCCGAGUCACCUGUGAUGAGUAUUACUACGGCUUCGGCUGCAAUAAGUUUUGCCGGCCCCGAGAUGACUUCUUUGGACACUACGCUUGUGACCAAAAUGGCAACAAAACCUGCAUGGAAGGCUGGAUGGGCCCAGAAUGUAAUAGAGCCAUUUGUCGUCAGGGAUGUAGCCCUAAACAUGGUUCCUGUAAGAUCCCCGGAGAAUGCAGGUGUCAGUAUGGAUGGCAAGGCCAGUACUGUGAUAAGUGCAUUCCGCACCCAGGAUGUGUCCAUGGCACUUGCAUUGAACCGUGGCAAUGCCUCUGUGAAACCAACUGGGGUGGUCAGCUCUGUGACAAAGAUCUUAAUUAUUGUGGGACUCAUCAGCCUUGUCUGAAUGGUGGUACUUGUAGUAACACAGGUCCUGACAAAUAUCAGUGUUCCUGCCCAGAGGGGUAUUCUGGAGCAAACUGUGAAAUCGCGGAACACGCGUGUCUUUCUGAUCCCUGUCACAAUGGAGGAAGCUGUUUGGAAACAUCCAUGGGAUUCGAAUGUCGAUGUCUUCCAGGCUGGACUGGGCGAACAUGUACCACAAAUAUUGAUGAUUGUUCUCCAAAUCACUGUGGCCAUGGGGGAACAUGCCAGGAUCUCGUGAAUGGAUUUAAGUGUAUUUGUCCUCCACAGUGGACUGGCAAAACAUGUCAAAUAGAUGCAAACGAAUGUGAGGCCAAACCUUGCGUAAAUGCCAAUUCCUGUAGGAACCUGAUCGGGAGCUACUAUUGUGAUUGCAUUCCUGGUUGGACUGGUCAGAAUUGUGAUAUAAAUAUUAAUGACUGCCUGGGCCAAUGUCAAAAUGAUGCUUCCUGUAGGGAUUUGGUUAAUGGUUAUCGCUGUAUCUGUCCACCUGGCUAUGCAGGAGAUCACUGUGAGAAAGACAUCAAUGAGUGUGCGAGCAACCCUUGUCUGAAUGGGGGUCACUGUCAGAAUGAAAUCAAUAGAUUCCAGUGUCUGUGUCCCACCGGCUUCUCGGGAAACCUCUGUCAGUUGGACAUCGAUUAUUGUGAGCCCAACCCGUGCCAGAAUGGAGCGCAGUGCUACAACCGCGCCAGCGACUACUUCUGCAAGUGCCCCGACGACUACGAGGGCAAGAACUGCUCCCACCUCAAGGACCACUGUCGGACAACUCCCUGCGAAGUGAUCGACAGCUGCACCGUGGCCAUGGCGUCCAAUGACACGCCAGAAGGGGUGCGUUACAUCUCCUCCAAUGUCUGUGGGCCCCACGGGAAGUGCCGGAGUCAGGCCGGAGGCAAAUUCACCUGCGAAUGCAACAAAGGCUUCACGGGGACCUACUGCCAUGAAAAUAUUAAUGACUGUGAAAGCAACCCCUGUAAAAAUGGCGGCACCUGCAUCGACGGUGUCAAUUCGUACAAAUGUAUCUGCGGCGAUGGCUGGGAGGGCACAUACUGCGAGACCAAUAUUAAUGACUGCAGUAAAAAUCCUUGCCACAAUGGAGGGACAUGCCGAGACUUGGUCAAUGACUUUUACUGUGAAUGCAAAAACGGGUGGAAGGGAAAGACGUGUCACUCCCGGGACAGCCAGUGUGAUGAAGCGACCUGUAACAACGGUGGCACGUGCUACGAUGAGGUGGAAUCCUUCAAGUGCCUGUGCCCUGCGGGCUGGGAAGGGGCCACGUGUAACAUAGCUAGAAACAGUAGCUGUUUGCCCAGCCCUUGCCACAACGGCGGCACCUGCGUGGUCAAUGGCGACUCUUUUACUUGUGUCUGCAAAGAAGGCUGGGAAGGACCCAUUUGUACCCAGAAUACGAAUGACUGCAGUCCUCAUCCAUGUUACAACAGUGGAACCUGUGUUGAUGGAGACAACUGGUACAGAUGCGAAUGUGCCCCAGGGUUUGCUGGGCCAGACUGCAGAAUAAACAUCAAUGAAUGCCAGUCUUCACCUUGUGCUUUUGGAGCGACAUGCGUAGAUGAAAUCAAUGGCUAUCGGUGCCUCUGCCCCCCUGGUCACAGCGGCCCCAAGUGCCAAGAAGUGACAGGAAGACCUUGCAUUACCACUGGGAGAGUGAUGCCAGAUGGUGCUAAAUGGGAUGAUGACUGCAAUGCCUGUCAGUGUUUGAAUGGAAAGGUUGCCUGUUCCAAGGUCUGGUGUGGCCCGAGACCUUGUCUGAUCCAUGGCCAAGGCCCCAGUGAGUGCCCUGCUGGGCAGAGCUGCAUCCCCAUUCAGGAAGACCAGUGCUUUGUGCGCCCCUGCACUGGCAUCGGGGAAUGCCGCUCUUCCAAUCCUCAGCCAGUGAAAACCAAAUGUACCUCUGACUCCUAUUACCAAGACAACUGCGCUAACAUCACAUUCACCUUCAACAAAGAGAUGAUGUCACCAGGUCUCACCACUGAACAUAUUUGCAGUGAACUGAGAAAUUUGAACAUUUUGAAAAAUGUUUCAGCUGAAUAUUCUAUCUACAUUGCCUGUGAGCCGUCACCUUCUGCGAACAAUGAAAUUCAUGUUGCCAUUUCUGCUGAAGACACUCGGGAAGAUGGGAAUCCCAUCAAGGAAAUAACAGACAAAAUUAUAGACCUUGUGAGUAAACGGGAUGGAAACAGUACUCUUAUCGCUGCAGUUGCAGAAGUCAGAGUCCAGAGACGACCCAUGAAAAACAAAACAGAUUUCCUGGUUCCAUUACUGAGCUCGGUCUUAACCGUGGCUUGGAUCUGUUGCUUGGUAACAGCCUUUUAUUGGUGCAUCCGGAAACGCCGGAAGCCAAGCAGCCACACGCACACAGCCUCCGAUGACAACACCACCAACAACGUGCGAGAGCAGCUGAACCAAAUCAAAAACCCCAUUGAGAAGCAUGGAGCCAACACGGUCCCCAUCAAAGAUUAUGAAAACAAAAACUCCAAAAUUGCCAAAAUAAGGACACACAACUCCGAAGUGGAAGAGGAUGACAUGGACAAACACCAGCAGAAGGCCCGGUUCGCUAAACAGCCGGCUUACACACUAGUAGACAGAGAUGAAAAGCCACCCAACAGCACACCCACAAAACACCCAAACUGGACAAAUAAACAAGAUAACAGAGACUUAGAAAGUGCCCAAAGCCUCAAUCGGAUGGAGUACAUUGUAUAGCAGGCGGUGGGGGCUGCCUUUAAAUAUCAUUAAGGGCACUCUGGAGUUUGUAGGUCUUUAAACUGUUGUGUAAUAUUUGAGUCUAAGGCUGUUAUUUACUUAGAAUCCCUGUGUUAAUUUAAGUUUUGACAAGCUGGCUUACACUGGCAAUGAUAGUUGCUGUGGUUGGCUGGAAUACCAAAUGUGGCUGCAUUUCACAUCUAUGCAAAACUAGUCAAAAAUGCCCGAAUGUAAAUUCCACUGCAGCUGAUCCAUCACAGAAAGGUUUCCUCAGAUUAUCGCAUCGCCUUGUUAGCUCUCCUUUAGCUUCCAUUUUUGCCAGGUGUCCCCAACUUUAUUGCGGUCUUAGACAAAUACAUUUUAUUUAUAUUUAUUGAAUCUUUUUUGAGUUUUUUUGUAUAUUGGUUUUAUGGUGACGUACAACUAGUUCUGUAUUUGAAAGUGCCUUUGCAGCUCAGAACCACAGCAACUAUCACAAAUGUUUAUUAUUUAUUUUUUUUAUUGUAUUUUUUGUUGGGGGAGGGGGGGAAAUUGAUGUCAGCAGUUGCUGGUAAAAUGAAGAAUUUAAAGAGGAAAAAUGUGUCAAAAGUAGAAGUUUGUAUAGUUAUGUAAAUAAUUCUUUUUUAUUAAUCACUGUGUAUAUUUGAUUUAUUAACUUAAUAAUCAAGAGCCUUAAUAUCAUUCCUUUUUAUUUAUAUGUAUGUGUUUAGAGUUUGAAGGUUUUUGAUAGCUUUGUAAGUAUAAUGGCUUUAUUUUUUUUUGAGCUUAUUUACUUGUUACAUGUUGCCUAUAAGCCAAAAUUAAGGUGUUCUAAAAAUAGUUUAUUUUAAACAAUAGGAUGGGCUCUCAUGCCCUGAUGCUGGGUUUGGUUUUUUGUUUUGUUUUGUUUUUGUUUUUGUUUUUUUGUACAAUGUCAAAUGUUUGAAACACCUAUAGUAUCACUUUAAGACUCUUUGUAAGUACUGACUGAGGCAGUUUAGAGAAUUUAGACUAGAACAGGUUUGUGUUUCAUUGUGUUUUGUUUGCUGCUUUAGACUUGAAAAGAAAAGAGGCAGAUAAUCUGCUCCAAAGCAGUUCAAGGGAACAAACUGAGAGCUAUGAUGUCACAUAGCGGAAAUGUGAGUGGUUGCAUAUAACAGAAAAAAUCAAAUUUAGCAUGAAGUUGGAAGCACAGCAAUCUUAUUUUGUAAAUUCUGAUUUUUUUUUUCACCAUGAAUAUGUAAUAUUGAACCACUUGUAGAUUUGAUUUUUUUUUUUGUAAUCUACUGCAUUUAGGGAGUAUUCGAAUAAGCUAGUUGAAUACUUGAACAGUAGAAUGUGUCCAGUAAGAUCACUGUGUAGAUUUGCCAUAGAUUACACUGCCCGCCUUAAAAAGUGAGGAGAUCAAAGUGCUAUUACAAUGUGUAAGAUCGAAAAAAAAAAGGCUUAUAAACAGAGUAAUCUCAUUGGUUAGCCAUUGAGAUCAUGAAGAUACCUUGUAUUGUGCUAUGAGUGUUAUAUGAACAUGAAAAUGCAUCUUUGAUGUGUUGUUCCUGGCAAUAAAUUUUGAAAAAGUAAUAUUUAUUAAAUUUUUUGUAUGAAAA